GUGAGGAGAUUCUCAGAAGCCUUCUUCUACACUGAGCACCAGAAACUCGCUGUGCUCACGUUCCAGGAAGGCCUGAUCCAAAGUCACGGACAGAUUUCUACAGAAAUUCGUAAUUCGGAGUACUUCACCAGCAUGCCCCCGCUGCCAGCAGAAUGCCUCGACAUAGAUGGGGACUGGAACACGCUCCCAGUUAUCUUUGAAGAUAGGUACAUGGAUAUGCCUUGCAAAGAUCAGAAUUUGGAAGUUUACACAGAUUUUGAGGUUCCUGCAAAUACCCAAAUGGAUGUAAUAGAUGACAGUGACGAUUUUACAUCAAACGAUGCCACUGCAGUCAUGAAAGGAGACUUUGGGAAAGGUACUCUGAUAAUACACACAGAUAGGAUAAACGGGAAUCCCUCCUGCGUAUACAGUGGUACUGAAGGUGCUGCUUACACAGCUAAGGAUUUAAACCAGCACUCCACAUCUCAGGUAUGUACAGUGAACAAAGAAGGCCAAAGGAAACCUGAAAAUAUUUUUGUUUCAAGUAAAGAAACUACUUCUGACUCAGAGAUAGGCAAUACAGAAAGCACAUCAGAAGACUUUAAAACAUCCAAGGAAGUUUUAUUAAAAGACAAUAAACUUGCAGCAGAUGUUACCUGUGAAGAUAUGACACCUAGCAAUAAGGAUUCCCACAAAAGUGAGCCUGUGUUAAUUGUCAGUGCUCAGUAUGAGUGUGGAGCACAUGGAACUGAUGGCUUAGAAGACAGGACUAAAAUACAUAAACCAGCUGAAUCUGAUCAUCCUGAGAAUAAUUUCACUUCAUCUGAGCUUGCACUGAAUGAAUUAACCAGUCUUGCAAAAACAGGCGAUCCCAACACCAAGACUCAGCUCCCUGUUUCAAAAGCUUUGCCCACCCACAGCUUUGAAGUGAAAUUGUUUACAAAGGAGCAACGAGGUGAGGAGUGUGAAGAAUUUACUCUGAUGUCAGGGGUUAUAAAAAGAUCCUCCUCUAUAAUAUCUGAUUCAGGCAUUGAAAGUGAACCAAGUUCAGUGGCAUGGUCUGAUGCUCGAAGCCGGGCAUUGGAGCUGCCCAGUGAUCGAGACAUCCUACACCACUUGGUACGAAGACACGCCAUCCACCGAAAUUCCCUGGAGGGUGGUCACACAGAAAGCAAUACUAGCUUGCCCAGUGGGAUCCAAGCAUCACUCACAUCCAUUAGCUCUCUGCCCUUUGAGGAAGAGGAGAGGGAAAUGGAGCUCACCAAGCUGACCAAAUCUGUCUCAGCUCCUCAAAUCAGUAGCCCAGAAGAGCCUGCAGAGGAGGUGGAUAUAUCCAAACACAGUGAAGCAACCUCAGGAGAUUCAGGAGGAAACUUAAUAAGUUGUGCGGAAACAGAGGGUGGAGAUAGGCAACGAGUCCUGGACUUUUCUGGGUGUCCAGUCGCCACUGAAAGUGGACAACUAGAACCAAGACGACAUCCUAAAUCCUCUGUCAAACACAGUAGCAGUAACAUUCAGUUACACGGGGAGGAGGAGAAGGAAGGUUUUCCAGAGACUUACUGUCAUUUGGAAAGUGCAAGCCCACCCAUUUGUCCAAAGCAGCUCAGAGAUAACAUCUCUGAAUGCCAGUCACUGGAGAGCAAUGAUGAGUGCAGCUUAAAAAUGCCAAGAGCUUGUAAUUACCUGGACAAAAAUAUAGAUAAAUCUGAUACAUGCAUCGAGGAUCCAAAGCCGGAUGGUUUAAAAAGACAAGACUUCUACUCCAAUAGCAGAACUUCAGGAGAGGAGAGUUUCCCACAAAGCAUAAAACUGGUACCAGAUUUUUGCUAUCCUGUUCCAGCUCCUUCAGAAACCUCAACUGAAUUUGGCUCAAUGCAAGGAGAGUGUGGUAGCUCGCUUGCUGAUGAGAGCCCAGCAGUGUAUGCAGAAACGCAGGGGUUACAAGAAAUUGAGCUCAAUGACUCACCUGCCUCUGCAGACCCCGCUGCAGGAUCCUACCAGGCUGAAUAUCCACAGCAAUCCGAGAGCCAAGAACAUAAACUUGUAGCUAAUGGCACUGGGUUUCAUGCAGCGAUGACGACGGAGGGAGUAGCACUGGAGAGCAGAAAGGCUGUUGAUGUGGUUAACCUGUCCGUCUCUUGCACAGCCACGUGUCUUCCCUUUUCUUCUGUGCUCAAAGAGACCCCUGCUACUGUCGGCUUCUCUGCAAAGCAGGCUGCAUUUCCCAUCACACGCCAGCCUCUGGGCUCUUUCGGAGUUGUCCCUUCCAAUUCAAAUGAGGAGGAUGAAGAGACCAAUGAAAGGAUGCUGAAUUUUUAUCAGGCCAAAGAAAAAUUUAAAAAAGAAAUGAAGAUUGAAGGAUUUCUGUACAGUGACUUAUCUGUACUAGCUUCUGAUAUCCCGUAUUUUCCACCAGAGGAAGAGGAAGAAAAUUUAGAAGACGGCAUUCACCUGGUGGUCUGUGUCCAUGGAUUAGAUGGUAACAGUGCAGAUCUGCGACUGGUAAAGACUUUUAUAGAACUGGGACUCCCUGGUGGAAAACUGGACUUCCUAAUGUCUGAAAGGAAUCAGACUGAUACUUUUGCUGAUUUUGAUACAAUGACUGAUCGAUUAUUGGAUGAAAUCAUUCAGCAUAUCCAGUUGUACAACCUCUCCAUAUCCCGAAUAAGCUUUAUUGGACAUUCCCUUGGUAACGUCAUCAUUCGAUCUGUACUAACUCGCCCCAGGUUUCGCUAUUACCUCAACAAGUUACACACCUUCCUGUCCCUCUCUGGGCCUCACCUGGGAACUCUUUACAACAACAGUACUUUGGUUAGUACAGGUCUAUGGCUCAUGCAGAAGUUGAAAAAGUCAGGGUCACUUUUGCAACUGACCUUCAGGGACAAUGCGGAUCUGCGCAAGUGUUUCCUCUAUCAGCUCAGCCAAAAAACAGGUCUUCAGUACUUUAAAAAUGUUGUGUUGGUGGCCUCUCCCCAAGACAGAUAUGUGCCCUUUCAUUCAGCAAGAAUAGAAAUGUGCAAAAAUGCACUUAAAGACAGACAUACAGGUCCUGUUUACGCAGAAAUGAUCAACAACCUGCUCCAGCCUUUGAUUGGGGCGAAGGACUGCACUUUGAUCAGACACAACGUGUUCCAUGCUCUGCCAAACACCGCCAACACAUUGAUAGGCCGGGCUGCCCACAUUGCCGUGCUGGACUCUGAACUUUUCCUCGAGAAGUUUUUCCUCGUGGCAGGACUCAACUACUUCAAAUAG